UGUUGUUCACAAACAGUAUUGUGAUAGAAAUAUAUUCGAAAUAUUUUGUGUAACGUACUCCAAAUAUAAAAUUAAAUAUUCUGAUCAUAAAGUAAAAGUGAUUUGAUUCUCGUAGUUGAAUUUUGAAUUUUUGAACGUAAAGAAAUAAGCAAAACAUUACAAUGUAUACUUGUAAAGUGCAUUUAAAUUUUUUAACAUCAAUAAGAAAGUUAAAAAAAUUACAAAAGUAUUUUUAUAGCAAUCAUAAUCAUUUUGUAAACCCUAUAUUAUCUUUUGGGGAAGAUUUUGUAGCCGCAAAAGAAAAAAAUCUUCCUAUAGUUGCUUUAGAAUCAACAAUUAUUACUCACGGCAUGCCAUAUCCAGAUAAUUUAAGUACUGCUCUUGAAGUGGAAGACAUAAUUAGACAAAAGGGAGCUUUUCCUGCAACAAUUGCAGUUUUAAACGGAAGCAUCAAAGUUGGUGUAAAUAAAAAAGAAAUUGAAAUACUAGCCAAAAGUGAUGUAAAAAAUCUAAUUAAAGUAUCAAGAAGAGAAUUUCCGUACGCUGUAUCAAAAGGAUUGAGUGGAGGAACUACUGUUAGUGGUACAAUGUUAAUAGCAAACAAAGUUGGUAUUUCUAUCAUGGCAACAGGAGGUAUAGGAGGUGUUCAUCGACAAGUUGAAUCAAGUAUGGAUAUAAGUGCUGAUUUAAAAGAAAUGGGACAAACUCCAGUGACAGUGGUCUGCUCUGGUGUGAAAGCAAUCUUAGAUAUACCAAAAACAUUAGAGUAUCUGGAGAGUCAAGGAGUUCCAGUGGCGACUUUAGGACCAAGCGAUAAGUUUCCAGCAUUCUACAGUAGAGAAACUUUUGACGGUAUUCAAUCUCCUAUGAGGCUUUCUGAUGCGGCAGAAGCUAGUCGACUAAUCCUUGCGCAAAGAAAGCUUGCACUAGAAACGGGUAUUCUUCUAGCAGUUCCGAUUCCACAAGCUUUUGCCCUCGAUCCUCAAGAGAUCGAACAGGCCAUUCAAGAAGCUCUGAAAGUAGCUAAUUGUAAAAAUAUAUCUGGUAAAAAUGUUACGCCCUUCCUCUUGGCAGAACUAGUUAAACUCACUGCUGGUCGCUCUCUUCAAUCAAAUAUUGCGCUCAUUAAAAAUAAUGCUGAGGUAGCAGCAGAAAUAGCAUUACAUCUCAACAAACUCCAAAGUCUCGACGACGAAUACAUUGUCAAAAAAUCCACAGAGGCGUUGAAAACUGUGAAAAAAAGUCCUGUGGUGAUUGGCGGAUCAACUCUCGAUACGAUCCUGCGGAUAAAGGAGUCGGAAAUUAAAAUGAAUGGCAGCACCUAUAGGGGCGAGAGUCAUCAAAGUUACGGUGGGGUUGGUCGAAACUUAGCGGUCGGCCUUAUGAAUCUUGGAAUAAGUGAUACGAAACUUUUGAGUGUGAUCGGCAAUGAUGAGUAUGGACAAGCCGUAAUCGAUAGUCUCGGAAACGCUGCAUCAACUAUUCGUACUUUGUCUGAUAUGGGUACCGCUCGGUACACGGCUAUCGUUGAUACAAACGGAAAUUGUUGCUUUGGAAUUGGUGAAAUGGAUGCAUUUUUUAAAAUUGAUAAACAAUACCUCCAAAGCCAUGAAGACACUUUGAAGCAAUCAUCACUCAUAGUAAUGGACGGAAAUGCACCCUUGGAUGCCAUGGCUUACGUUAUCAAUGUAUCAAUACAACAUAGGAUACCGAUUUGGUAUGAAACUACAGAUCUUCCAAAAGUGCUUAAAAUAUUUCAAAAUGGAGCGGCAUGGCAGAAAACUUUAAAAUUCGUAUCUCCUAAUAUCAAUGAGCUUUUGCUGAUAGCGAAAUAUUUUAGUAUAUCAGUGCCGUCUGAAGAAUCUGAUGUAGAUAUCGACACGAUAAAAAGCAUAUCGGAGAAAUUAAUUGAGUGGAUACCAGUUGUGAUUGCUACCAUGGGCCCGAAAGGCGUACUAGUAACGAGAAAUUCUUCGGGAGAUGAACCUUUUCUGAACAAAGAUAAUACCGUGAUUGAAAAUGACAAAGUCCAUUCUCGUUUAUAUUCUCCCGUGAGUGUUAAUAAAGAUAUUGCAAAUGUUAGUGGUUGUGGCGAUUGUUUAGCUGCAGGGAUAAUAGCUGGCAUUCUAAGAGGAUGGAAGGAAUCAAACAGUAUUUUAUUGGGACUUCACGCAGCCAAGCAAUCUCUUAUAUCUCAUCAAACAGUGCCUCAUACGCUCAAAUUAUUACCAGUAGAUGAAGAAUAUUAUUCCCGAAAAAACCAUACGUCAGCCAUAAGUGCGUAUGCAUAG